ACCUGGACGUCCACUCCAUCACCAUCACCUGGACGUCCACUCCAUCACCAUCAUCACUAUCAUCACCAUCAUCAUUUGCUGCGCCCAGACGGUCAUCCCGUCCCUGCAUGAGUAUCGUGGUAGAGUUUCCUUGGGCCACGUCUGGAACAGGAACCCGUGCCGUGGGCGACUUUAGGCGGGAGGUACUAAGAGCAGACAUAGUUCUAUUAGUGCUGUCAAAGCUCGAACAUCCGAUGACUCUUUUUUGAGGUCCGGCUCCUCCAGUUUUAUUUCACCAUCAUGACGGCAGCUACCACCCAGGGCUAACCUCGGUCGUAUUCAACCUGCAUCGUCUCAGCGCGAAGAGACCGACGCUUGCCGGAUCAGAGAAUAACAUGCCACACGCUGUGGCAUUGAACCGCAAUCCUACUGAAGAGCACCAGACCGAUGGCAUCGAUAUAGACACAAACAUCCACUCCGCUGGGACCUGCUCCUGUGAAACCGAAGAUACCUCGCCGCUAGGACAAUACCGCCGGAGACAGUCAGGAACCGUACAGCAAUCGAAGCUUGCGCAAUACGCCAUGGUGGCUAGCGCUGAGGAGUGGAGCGUCCGCAACGAAGAGACGCCGGACGUGGAGUCGCUUCGAAAUCAGUUGGAUAAGACCCUUUCGCAGGCGGGGCGUGAGCAUGGCAGCGCAUCCCGCACAAGAGAUCGGUCCUCGUCAUCCGACCUUCUUUCAGCUCCCAAGCGACUACCUACACAUCGAGGCGGCUCUCUCGCUGCGGCCAUGAAUGGCACACUUCCAGAAGUCACGGGUGUUCCGAUGGCAACACAGGCGAUGAACGAUACACCUGCGACAACUGCGCCGAACAGUCCUAAGAUUGUGGGCAAGAGUCAAGCUCCCAGCAGCAAUGGAAGCGAUAGCCCCAGUCACCCUAGCCAAUGGAGUCUUGCGCCGCGGCGUCAAAAUUCGGGAACCUCGACGCCGAGAGUGCGACCUACGACACUGGACAUCCCGGGCUUGACCAAGAGCAAAGUCUCGCCUGAUGGGAGAAUCGCACAGCGGGAUGUGGGAUCUAAGCUGGUGAUCAUCAUGGUCGGACUGCCCGCGCGAGGAAAAAGCUACAUUACUAAGAAGCUGGCGCGGUACCUGAAUUGGCUGCAGCACGAUACAAGGAUCUUCAACGUGGGAGAAAGGCGAAGAACGGUAGCAGGUGGUCCAAACAGCCUGGAGAAGACCAAGAGUCAGCAGAACCACGAGGGACGCAACAGCCUAGAGCAGGGAAAUCUACAACCACGUCCCUACCCCCGAUCCGAGCAGACUGCCCAUCACCCUUCAGUCGCACAAAUUAUUCUGAACGGCGAGACCAAGAUCGAUCCACCCUCGACCCCUCCCCGCAGUAACACAAUCGACGAGACGAACGAUCAAGCGAAGUCCGAGAAGCAAGACACAGCGUCUUCUGAGGACACUUCCGCGGAUAAGACAGAGACGGAGGAGGACAGUAUGGAGCAGAAUGCGGCAUUCUUCGAUCCACAGAACAAAAAGGCAUCGCAAAUCCGGGAACAAGUGGCCCUCGAAACGUUGGACGAACUUCUCGACUACAUACUGUAUGAGAAUGGGAGUAUUGGCAUAUUGGACGCCACGAACAGCACGCUUGCGCGACGGAAGAUGAUCAUGGAUCACAUCCGCGAGCGCGCAGGUCCACAACUGAAUGUUUUAUUCCUAGAAUCGAAGUGUGUGGACCAGGAUCUGCUUGAGGCCAAUAUGCGCUUGAAGCUCCAGGGACCUGACUACCGUGGGAUGGAUCCCACUAUUGCCCUUGAAGAUUUCAGAAAGCGUGUGCGUGAGUAUGAGAAAGCGUACGUGUCUCUUGGCGAGUACGAGGAGGCCAUGCACAUGCCAUACAUUCAGAUGAUCGACGUGGGGCGCAAGAUCAUCAGUCACCAAAUCAAAGGCUUUCUCAUGGCGCAAGCGAACUACUAUUUGCUCAACUUCAACCUGGCGCCUAGGCAGAUCUGGAUCACUCGUCAUGGUCUUAGCCUGGACAACGUGUCUGGCAAGAUCGGAGGCGACAGCGACCUUGCUCCAGAAGGACAUCAGUACGCCAAAUCUCUGCAAAAGUUCAUCGAAGAGAAACGAAAGGAGUGGGACAUCAAGCAGCUUGAGAACCUGCAGAACACUCACUUCCCGCCACAGCCAGGAGAUGUCACGCCACCAAACCCCUACUAUCAGCCACAAUCCCCUGGCACCGAACACGACGAGCAUACUUCGAUCCUGCCUGAAGCUCCCGCUGUCGGAUACGAGCCAAAGGCGUUCUGCGUAUGGACGUCGAUGCUCAAGCGAAGCAUACAAACUGCUCAAUACUUUGAUGACGACGAGUACGACACCAAGCAAAUGCGUAUGCUAGACGAGCUGAAUGCUGGUGUUAUGGAAGGUCUCACAUAUUCGUGCAUAAGCACACAGUACCCCGAGGAGUACCGCAGUCGACGAUCUGACAAGCUACACUACCGUUAUCCUGGUCCAGGCGGCGAGGGCUACCUUGAUAUCAUCAAUCGCCUUCGACCUGUGAUUGUGGAGCUGGAGCGCAUGACUGAUCAUGUCUUGCUUGUUGGACAUCGCAGCGUAGCACGUGUCCUGCUGGCUUACUUCCGUGGUCUCAAGCGCGAGGAGGUCGCCGACCUGGACGUGCCGCUCGGCAUGCUAUAUUGCCUGGAGCCCAAGCCCUACGGCGUGGACUUCAAGGCAUAUAAAUGGGAUAAGGAUACUGAAUGGUUCUACGAAGUGCCAAACUUCCAGCUACGGAGAGCUCAGGAUGACAUGGUGUAGAGUGCCUGUCAACUCAAUAUCUCCAAGUCGGAAACUACGCUAUCAACACUUCCGAGGCGAGGGGUACGAUUCACCCUCAGUUAAUUUACCAUUGGGCAGCUGGAGCUGCAUGUACGAUGCGGAAGGAGAUCAUGGUCGGAGUGCUGGUGAUAGACUAGGUACGAUUGGGACUAAUGACAACGAUGAUGAUUCUUCCGGUGUAUUAGACAUGGCGAUUUGCUCUUAGCGAGGAGUUGAGGAGAAAAAGAAAACAGAAGUGUACCAUGGACUAUAGCUAAGGUAGUGUGACAAUAAUGCUUUCCUG